AUGAUCUCUUUAAAUAUAAGAUCCCUGAAUGACAAAUUAACUAUACUUAGGCAGGUCAUGAAUGACCAACAUUAUGAUAUCUUCCUUUUACAAGAAACCCACCUUAAAGUAACUGAAGUAAGAAACCUCUCAGAUUAUACCUUAUAUUGCAGUUCGAACGCUGAACACGUAUGGGCUGGGGUGGCGAUUUUAAUACAUAAUAAAUUAAUAAAAUUCGUAAGCUUCAACCCAAUCUCCAGUCGAAUAUGCUGCCUUACCUUAAACUUAGGAUACAAAAAAAUUCAUUUGUUUAACGUAUACGCACCUCACAAUGAUAGUAUUUUUUAUAUGGAAUUGGAAAAUAUCUUAAAGGAACUACCGUGUCUGGAUGGUAUCAUCUUAGCAGGCGAUUUCAAUGCUUCGGUAGGCAAACCUAAUAAUUCUCCCUGCCUUGGAAACGCCGCAUUAGUACGAAGUACGAACCACAACGGUAAAAGGUUAAUAGAAAUAUGUGAACUCUUCAACAUGAAAAUUGGAAAUACGUUUUUCAAGCAUCCUAUUCAUCACAUCGUGACUUACAAGAGUCCUUUCUUUGGCACUACCUCACAGAUAGAUUACUUUGUAAUUUCCACAAAGAUCUUCAAGUGGGUAAGAGACAUCAGAGUAAUCAGUAAACUAAACCUUACACUUUUUACAGACCAUUACCCACUGGCCUGUGAACUCAGAAUCAAUAAUAGCAUUUUCCCAAAUCACAUUAAUCAGAACUGUCUCACCAGUGUAAGAUUCAUAGCCAGAAAAGACUUGGCACAGCUCAAUACUUAG